AUGACCGCUCGAACGACAUCCUUUUCUGCGCAGCCCCCGCGCCGACCGUCAUUGCCGGAAAGAAGGAUAUCAAGACGGCUGUCCGCCCUUUCAAGCGCCGAACACGGGCAAAAUGGAGCUCCGACAGGUAGCACCGAGCAAGAGUUUACCGAGGAAAUCGAGAAAAUCAAGAGAUACGAGGACUUUACUACGAUAGAUUGGGUGCAAGAUGCGGCAAGGGAACAACUCAGGAGAAGAGCAAGACGAAAGGAGAAUGCAGGCUUUUUCGAGCGUGAUGGGCAGCUAGGCUGGAGACGGAAGCUUCGAGAUUCAUACGAUGCUGGCCAGGCGUGGAUUGUUGUCACAUUGGUUGGGGCGGCCAUAGGAUUGAAUGCGGCGUUUCUAAACAUCGUUACGGAGUGGCUGUCUGAUGUGAAGCUGGGCUACUGCACGACAGCCUUUUAUUUGAAUGAGGACUUCUGCUGCUGGGGCGAAGAUACCUGCGAUGACUGGCAUAGGUGGACGUCCUUGUGGCCGGUCAAUUACUUUCUAUAUUUUGUCUUCUCGAUUAUCUUUGCCCUGACCUCCGCAAGCCUGGUCAAGGCUUAUGCUCCCUACGCUGCCGGUUCAGGCAUAUCAGAGAUCAAGUGCAUCAUUGCGGGCUUCGUUAUGAAAGGGUUCCUUGGAUUCUGGACGCUGUUGAUCAAGUCAAUCUGCUUGCCGCUGGCAAUUGCAUCUGGCCUCUCGGUAGGAAAGGAAGGGCCAAGUGUACACUAUGCGGUGUGUACUGGCAAUGUAAUUUCGAGAUUCUUCGACAAGUACAAACGAAAUGCGGCCAAAACGCGGGAAAUAUUGAGUGCUUGUGCUGCGGCGGGAGUCGCGGUGGCGUUUGGGAGUCCUAUUGGUGGUGUUCUUUUCUCUUUGGAAGAAAUGUCGUCUUAUUUUCCCCUGAAGACCAUGUGGCGGAGUUAUUUCUGUGCUUUGGUGGCUACUGCAGUAUUAGCGGCAAUGAAUCCUUUUCGAACUGGCCAGCUUGUCAUGUUCGAGGUCAGAUACGAUAGAUCGUGGCAUUUCUUCGAGGUGAUUUUUUUCAUCUUUAUCGGUGUCUUCGGAGGACUAUAUGGCGCUUUCGUUAUGAAAUGGAAUUUACGGGCAAUGGCGUUUCGGAAGAAAUAUCUUUCAAAGUACGCCGUCUUAGAGGCUACGCUUCUUGCGGCGGGUACGGCGUUACUCUGCUAUCCUAACAUGUUCUUGAGAAUCGACAUGACGGAAGCUAUGGAGAAGCUCUUCCUAGAGUGUGAAGGAGGUCAUGACUACGAUGGUCUUUGCGAUACCAAAAAUCGGUGGUCAAUGGUACUAUCGCUGCUAUUCGCCACGAUUAUGAGAACUUUUCUUGUCAUCAUUUCCUAUGGUUGCAAGGUGCCGGCAGGCAUAUUCGUACCGUCCAUGGCAAUUGGGGCCUCCUUCGGGAGGAUGGUCGGAAUCUUGGUUCAGACUCUCCACGAAUCGUUCCCGCAUGCAAAGUUCUUCGCCGCCUGCGAGCCCGAUGUACCAUGCAUUACCCCGGGCACCUACGCUUUCCUCGGUGCCGCAGCAGCUCUCAGUGGUAUCAUGCACAUAACAGUCUCGGUCGUGGUUAUAAUGUUCGAACUGACUGGUGCCUUGACGUACAUACUACCGACAAUGAUUGUCGUAGGAGUCACGAAAGCCGUAAGCGAGCGCUUUGGAAAGGGCGGCAUAGCGGACCGAAUGAUCUGGUUCAACGGCUUUCCCUUUCUGGACAACAAGGAAGAGCACACAUUCGGGGUUCCUGUCUCCUCAGUUAUGACAAGCGAAGUCACCUCACUGCCGUCCUCUGGUCUCAACCUUCGAGCUUUGGAGAGUAUUAUGUCUCAGAACAAGUAUCAAGGAUUCCCCAUCAUCGAAGACCGUACCACAAAAGCCUUGAUUGGCUACAUCGGGCGUACAGAAUUACGAUAUGCAAUAGAUCGAGCCAAAAAGGAGGGUUUCAUCUCACCAGACGCGAAAUGCCUUUUUACUCAACCAGAUUCGACGGCAUUGCAGACCCCGUCAACCGCAGCGCCACCAGUCACAUUCGACGCCAUUGAAUCCGUAAGCGGCCAGCAGAACGUCGAUUUCAGUCGUUUCAUAGACCCCACACCACUAGCAGUCCAUCCACGCCUACCGCUCGAGACUGUAAUGGAGCUCUUCAAAAAGAUGGGACCUCGAGUGAUUCUGGUCGACUACAGAGGCCGCCUCGCUGGUCUAGUGACUGUCAAAGACUGCCUCAAAUUCCAAUUCAAAGUCGAAGCUCAUGAGACUACAAGAGACGACUCGAUGCUCGAUGAAAGGCAGGAGAGAUUGUGGGAUGUGAUUAGUCGAGCGGCUGAUUGGGUUGCCGAUAAAGUCAUGAGUAUCUCGGGCGGGCGAUUGAAGCUUGGUGGGUCGGCGAGGAGUCCGGGCUUGCUGCAGUCUGAGACGAUGGAUCCGAGAGACCGGUUAGAGCCCAUUCGGGCUUCGAGGCAUGCUAUAUUGGAUGGGACGGAGGAUGAGGAUACGGGGGUCGAGUUGCAGGAUCGGUAG